AUGGCUGUCCGCGGUGAGAGGUUCACCAUCGACCUGUCCGACGAUGACGACGACGAUGAUUGCCAACACCCCGUCCCUGACCUCCACAAUUUCGUCGCCGACAUCAGGGAACGCGACUCCUCCACCCCUCCCACUCCUCCACAGCUGGCUUCAUCGACCGGCACCGGCUUCCCUUCGCACCGAAAGCGAACGAGACCCUCCGCUUUCAAGCGCCAGAGAGCCUCAGAAAACACCACUCCGCCGUCUACACGUCAGACAGUCCCCCAAGAUGAAAAGAAGUCCAUCGACGAGGAGAACAGACGGCGACUGGCCUCGAUGUCUACGGCUGAGAUCGAAAGAGAACGCGCCGAGUUGAUGUCUGCCCUCUCUCCGUCCCUCAUCGAGCGCCUACUGAAGAGAGCCAACAUCGAGGAUGGAGGGAACGAGGCGAAUGCCAAUUCCAAGUCUACAGGAGAACAAUACAGACAGGACCGACACCCAGACGACAAUCCGUCAAAAUCCGUCUCCUUCGGUAUCCCCCCCGAAUCAGACCAACAAAGCAGCUCCGCAUCCGCACCCCAAGCACCAACCUCUGUCGACGACAUACCACCCGGCCACCCGCCAAAGGACCUCUUUCCCGCCUCCCAACCCCCGUUAGGCCCCAUCCACUUCCCCAGACCUCCACAACCGCGGGGAUCUCCCAUGCCAGACCUCGAUCCCUCAUCGCCGUCAUUCCUCGCCGACCUACAGACCCAUUACUUUCCAGACACACCCCACGACCCGUCUUCCCUCUCCUGGUUAAAGCCAUCCUCCCCCGACGACGCACCUACCUCCGCCUACCACCCAGACAGCACCGCGACAUCUCUCGCCCCGGCAUCCCUCCGCUUCUCACUCUCCGGCGCCCUCCUAGCCCCCAAAACCUCGCUCUCCCUCCCCACCACCCUCGGCCUCCAUCACCACGCCAAAGACUCCGAGGCAGCCGGAUACACGGUCCCCGAACUCGCCAUCCUCUCGCGCUCGUCGGUGCCGGCGCAGCGCUGUCUGGCCUGGCAGGUCCUCGGCCGCCUGCUGUACCGCCUGGGAAAGGGUGAAUUUGGGGAGAAAGGGAGUAGUCUCGUAGAAGGGCUGUGGAGCGUUAUUGAGCGCGAGAAGGUGGUGGCAGGGAUGCUGAACGAGGCCGCUGGCGGGGUGGAUGCGGAUAGAACGGCGUCAGCUGGCGUUGGUGGCAUCGGCAGACAUGCAAGUGCGCGGGCGUGGGCGACGGAGGGCGUGUGGUUGUGGCGGCAGGGAGGAGGAGGAGAUCGCGGGCUGCUGAGAGAUGGAGAGAUACGGUCAAAGUAA